CACUCAGUGGACGUGACGGAGGAGGACAGAGGUCCGAGCCACGGCAACAGGAUGGAGAUGUCCAUUUUCUACGUCAUCUACUUUGUCGUCUUCCCUUUCUUCUUCGUCAACAUCUUCGUGGCACUCAUCAUCAUCACUUUCCAGGAGCAGGGGGAUAAGAUGAUGGAGGAGUGCAGCCUGGAGAAGAACGAGAGGGCGUGUAUAGACUUUGCCCUCGGUGCGAAGCCUCUGACCCGCUACAUGCCUCAGAACCGACACACCUUCCAGUACCGCCUCUGGCACUUCGUGGUGUCGCCCUCCUUCGAGUACACCGUGCUGGCCAUGAUCGCUCUGAACACCAUCGUACUGAUGAUGAAGUAUUACUCCGCCCCUCCAGCGUACGAGGCCGUUCUGAAGCACCUGAACACGGCGUUCACCGUCCUCUUCUCUGUGGAGUGCGUCCUCAAGAUCAUGGCCUUUGGUUUUCUGAACUACUUUCGAGACACGUGGAACAUCUUUGACUUCAUCACUGUUUUAGGAAGCAUCACAGAGAUCGUGGUGGAUGUGCAGUUCGUGGACACGUUCAACAUGAGCUUCCUGAAGCUGUUUCGAGCGGCUCGUCUGAUCAAACUCCUGCGUCAGGGUUACACCAUCCGGAUCCUUCUGUGGACCUUCGUUCAGUCCUUCAAAGCUCUGCCGUACGUCUGCCUGCUCAUCGCCAUGUUGUUCUUCAUCUACGCCAUCAUCGGCAUGCAGGUGUUUGGGAACAUUAAGCUGAACGAGGAGACUCACAUCACGCAGCACAACAACUUCAAGUCUUUCUCUGGAGCUCUGAUGCUGCUGUUCAGGAGUGCCACGGGAGAGUCAUGGCAGGAGAUAAUGUUGUCAUGUCUCGGGGGACAGAAGUGUGAGACGGACACCUCGCUCCCCCCCGCAGUACCAACAUCCGACCAGGAGGGGGGCUGUGGUUCUGACUUUGCUUAUUUCUACUUCGUCUCCUUCAUCUUCUUCAGCUCCUUCCUGAUGCUGAAUCUGUUCGUGGCGGUGAUCAUGGAUAACUUUGAGUAUCUGACCAGAGACUCGUCCAUCCUCGGCCCUCAUCACCUGGACGAGUUUGUCCGGAUCUGGGGGGAGUACGACCGCGCCGCCAGCGGCAGGCUCCAUUAUAAGGAAAUGUACAAAGUUGUCCGCACUAUCUCCCCCCCGCUGGGCUUUGGGAGGAACUGCCCUCACAGGGUGGCCUGCAAGGUUUGACUCUUAGUGUGGGAUCCUUCCUCACCUCCUCACCUCCUCCUCCUCGUUUCCUUCCUCUCCUUUCCUGCAGCCUUGCUUCACUUUUAGAGGCAGUCAAAGAAUGAUGAGGCUCAGGGUACUAAGACACAGGAAGACCCUCGACGUACCAGAUCAUAGAGUCCUGGAAAUGUUGAGUACCCCAAAGUUUUAUGUUAGAAAUGUACAGUAGGGUCUCCAGCACAUAGAAACUGCCGGAUGCUAACCUGCAUAUGUUGGGAAGUUAGCACAAUUAGCAUACAUUUGGUUAAUUAGCAUAUGCAGAUAGUAAAAAUAAAAUGGCUGAAUUUGACAAUUUUGUGGUUUCGGAGGUUAUUGAAUACAUUUUCUGACAUUUUUAGAAUCUAAAUUGGCUUUUUUCACCAGAAAGUGGCCAUAUUUGUAGUCCUGUGGUCAGAUUUUGAUGAACUUUGAAGUUUUAGGGGACUCAAACUGCCAUUGUUGAUCUUAAAAAUGGCAGAUAUUGACUCAACAUUCUCGAUAAUCUCCAAAACCACACCAAAAUUGUCCAAAUUAGGAUAAAAAAUUGCAUUGUUUUGAGUCCCCUACAACUUUUCAAUAGACCCAAUAUUCAUCAAAAUCAGCGCAGUACUACUAGCACCAAUUUGGCCAUUUUCUGGUUUAAACUGCCAUAUUUGAUCCUGAAAAUGUCAUAAAUGGAUUCAACAUCUUCAAGAACCCCCAAAACCACUCCUAAAUUGUCCAAAUCGGCCAAGCCAUUGUUUUAGCUACUGUCUGCAGAUGCUAAGUAAGCUAAUUAACACAACUCGUGCUAAUUGUGCAAAUUGCCCAACAUGUUCAAGUUCGCAUCCGGCAGUUUCUAUGUGCUGGUGACCCUACUGUACAUUUCUAUCAGAACACUUCAACAUGUCCAGCUCCACUAUGCUGGUAACUAGACUAUCAUGCAGGUUUUUAAUUGUAAUAAGUCUAAAAAGCAGAGGAAUCCUGUGUCUCUCUACCUGUUGGAUCUGCUCAGAUCCAGAGUCGGCCAUCUCUUUGCUCUUCCUGUUUCCCACGCUUCUAUGCCCGUCCGGCAGCAUAGAAAGAAUUAACCUGUUUUAAUUUCUCCUCUCUUCCUCCCUGCUCCUGUGUGAGGCCUUGGAUUAACCCUCUCUCUCUUGUUUUCCUCCUUAACUCCUUAUUCACUUCCCCUCCUUCCUCCCAUCCUUCACUCCCUCCUCUUCCUCACCAGUGGUCGUAUCCAUUACACUGACAUGUAUGAGAUGUUGACCAACAUGUCGCCCCCUCUAGGCCUGGGGAAGAAAUGCCCCUCCAAGUUGGCCUAUAAGGUAGAUUAAACAUCAGAGGACCCAUUCAUCUUUAAGCAGGACAGAAGCAGGAAAACAUCCUUUAGUUUGACACACGUUAAAAAUAACAAGGCAUUUUCUCUGCUUGUUAUUUAACGCAGUCAGAGGUGGAACGUAACUUUUAGUAACAUUUUGAAACUGGAAUUUGCUUUGGUAUCUGGUGGUGCGAAAAUAAACAAUCAAGGAUAAUAAAAAUAAGUAUUUUUAAGAAACAAUUUAGCAUUAAAAAAGGAUGCUUGAGACAAGUAUUUUACUGACUGUCCUUUACUUUAUAAAUCAAAUGUAUUAUUAAGUAUUUAAGCCACAUUUAAAUUGAAAUGUAAUUAUACAAAUGCCCUUAAAAGCUAAAAAAACUAAAACUCUUAGGACGUCUAACCCUAACCCUUCUACUCACAUACAUACAGAGUGGUGCAGGAAUGAGUCCUAAAACCUAGAAAUUAGUCAACAAGUCUGCAAAGUAAAUAUUAUAUUUUGAUAUUUUUGUACUUUAGUAAGAUUUUAAAUGCAGGACUUUUACUUUUGAAAACUUUUUGUUCUUUACGUAUUAGAUUAGAGCAGGGGGGUCAAACUCAAUUUCAUCACGGGCCACAUCAGCAUUAUGGUUGCACUCAACGGGCCGGUUGUAACUUUAAGACUAUAUAAAAAUACAUAUAUAAAUAUUUCAUAUAUAUAAAAUAAUGUAUUAUUACAUUAUUGCCUCUGCAUUGGAUUAUUAUCGGAUAGGGAAAUAACUUCAUAACUAACUCCGUCUGAAAGCAGAAGUCUAGGGCAAAUAAUUGCAAGUCUCUUCAGUGAGAAUGUCACAAAAUAAUUUUAAAAUAAAAGCCAAGUUCUGGAAAAGAAAAAAAAAAGGAAGUGACAUUUUGAAAAAAAAGUAACAUUUUGAAAAAAAGUCUAAUUUGAGAUGCAUUGUGGGAGAUGUAGUUUAUGGGCAACGUGCUUCUGUAAAGCGGCAUGUACCCGUAUAAUACACAUAUAUUAUUUGCAAGCUUUUGUGGGGCCGCAUGAAAUGAAGUCACGGGCCGGAUUUGGCCCCCGGGCCUUGGGUUUGACCCCCCUGGUUUAGAUGUACUUUAUUGAUCCCAAAGUGAAAAACUGUUUUGUUCCAGCUGCUUUGUCAUACAUGUAAAACAAACAGUACGUUUAUACGACAUCUAUAGAUUAUACAAUUAGUAAGAAUACACUAUAAUACACCAACAUCCUACUAAAACUAUAUACACACAAGAUUUUAUAAACACAAGACAAGUGUGCAAAGUAUAUAUUGUAUUUUAUGAAUAGAUCGAAUGGAUUUUAGAUGCAGGACUUUUACGUACGUCAACAAAUCGGAGUACUUCUUCCACCUCUGACUGCAGUAACGCUUUGUGAACUCAGGUGAUGUUAGUUUUGCUUCAUGGCAGCAAUGAAGACGUAAUGUUCUGCUUUGAUGGAGUUUAUCUAUCAAAGAACAAGAAGUCAGAGAGUCGUCAAUCGUCUCCUGAACCUCAUCAUUUGUAGAAAUCCGCCGUCAGAUAUUCCAUCGCUUUACUUCUUUGUUUCCUCCUGUCUGCAUGCGCCUCCCGAUACAGCCCAGUGUGUGUGUGUGUGUGUGUGUGUGUGUGUGUGUAUGUGUGUGUGUGUGUGUGACAUGUGUGUGUGUGUGUGUGUGUGUGCGUGUAUAAUGUGAACAUGUGUGUGUGUGUGUGU